UUCACGAAAUCUCAGAAGAGGGGACGAACAUCAAGUAAGCAAGGUUAUGGCGUCCGAUAUCGAGGAUGAGACAUCGGACGGCCCACGACGCGAGCACACCCCAGUUACACGGAAGAAGCGGAGACGAGAGAUGCUGUCUUCGUGCCAAGGAUCAACGAAGAAGACCCGCAGAACUGUUCCAUCGGCAAAUUGGACUGUCGAGGAUGUCGCCCCAGCAGAUGCUGCCACGCCGGUACUUGAACAGCCUACCAACGCGCCAGAAGGACAGCCUGCUCCACCAGUCGAGGCAGCCCCGCCACAAGGAGUCACAUUCAAUGAGGUACUACAGCUUAUCAGUUCUUUGCAAGGAGGGAACAAAGACAAGGCACAUCACUUGAAUAACAGUCAAUUAAAUAAUGUGGUGCCAGAAUUUGAUCCCUCCAGUAAAGCACAAAGCAUAGAUAGCUGGAUUCAUAAAGUCAACGAAUGUGUAAAAAUAUAUGAGUGGAACGAGAAGCAGACCAUACAUUUCGCACUUCAAAAACUCGCGGGACUUGCUAAAAAAUGGUUCGAGUCCUUACCGUCCGUAGUAUAUAGCUGGGAGGAGUGGCAAACGAAACUUAAAAAAGCCUUCCCAAACGAGCAAAAUUAUGGUCGGCUUCUCGAAGAAAUGCUAGCUCGGACCACGCGUGCCGGUGAGCAUUAUCGCGAGUAUUUCUACGAUAAGCUAACUUUACUAAACAGAUGUGAGAUCCGAGCAAAGAAAGCGGUACAGUGUAUAGUACACGGCAUAUUAGAUAAGUCCGUUAGGAACGGUGCCCAAACUUUAAAUUGUGAGGAACCAGAAGACUUAUUGGAUUAUCUCAAUUCGCAACGACCUCCUGACGUGUCUUUUAAUAGGAAACGUAGUGAAGCCGGGCCCAAACAGAACUCUUCGGGGCAUAGUUGCGGUGAACCUGGAAAGGAAUAUCAUCUACAUCAGGGUGUUUAUAGUAUCAAGGAUGGGAGGGGUCAUUUAGUGUUGACCAAUUUAGCUAAAGAUGUGUUGACAUUGGACUCCAAGGUUCUUUUGGCCAGGGCUUCACCAUUUGUAGAAAAGAAAGUUCACCAUGUAAAUCGGAUUUCCUGCGACAUCUCGUCAUUAGAGCCAAUUGAAAAGAACGAUAUCAAGGUAGGAAAGGACGUCAGUACAGAGGUUGUCGAUAGGUUACAUACGCUUCUUCAGUCCUACCGUGAUUGUUUUGCGUUAAAUCUGAGCGAAAUCGGGUCGGCUAAAGAUGUUGAGAUGACAAUAGACUUAUUAGAUGACCGGCCAGUAGUCUACAGGCCUUAUAGACUGUCGCAUGUUGAGAGGGAGCAGGUGCGCAACACAAUUGAAGAACUUUUGAGCAAUGAUAUUAUUCAAGAGUCGAACUCGGACUAUGCCAGUCCCAUUCUAAUGGUAAAAAAAAAACGGGUGAACAACGAUUAUGUGUCGACUUCCGGGCUUUGA